AUGGCACAAUCACUGGAUGAGAUAGUAUGGGAAGCUCCUCAGUUCUUCAUGUCAGGAGACCCAUUCUGGCUUAAUCUCCACCCAAACAAUAUACACUUCUAUUUCCACGAGUCGCCUUUCUUCGACCGAAUGUCCAACAAUAGCGCCAUUGAGACCCAAGCCAAAGUCGACCCGACUAAGAACUAUCUGCUGGCUGACCGCAAGCUGUUCGAGCAGGCCGUAAAAGACAUGCCAUCCGGGGGAUUGGAGUUCAUAAUUGUAUCGGAACCGCAGCAAUUGGCGAAUGGCAGCAGUAAUGAUACCUGGAUCAUGCAAAAACAGCACAGGAGCAAGACGCAUAACGAGCCUGAUGACGUGACGGUCAUGGGUCAGUGGCUCAUAGUGGGAAUUCAGAUCAUACAAGCGCCGUCAGUCUACGACGUGUUGGCGAACAGAUUUCUCGCGACAACACUCGCAUUGAAUAAAUUCAUGACUACGGCGGCGUCCUUACCUUCAUUCUCCCCGGCUGCCGGCCACUCCUACGUGCCGGUCACGACCAGGAAGCAAGGGGCGCCUUCUGCAGUGCAAAGCCGAGCCGGCUCUCCAGGGCCCGAAGCUCUCUCGCAGCCAACCGUGAUGAAACAAGGAGCACAGGCCCCAACGUCACAGAGGGCCGUCGAGCAGUCACUCUUCGACGCUUUGAUGUCAUCGAUUCGCUACGGCACCGAGUACAUGGACAAGAAUCCUUUGAACGGCGAGCCUGGUUCGUUUGUAUUCAAGUCGACGAAUGCACACAUCAAACAACAAGAGGAUGCUCAGGCGAAGGCGGCUGAGACUCUUAAAGCAAUGCAAGAAAGCACAGCGAUGACGGCGACGCAGACACCGAAAAGCCAGAUAGAAACGCAGAUAUUACAAGCGAAAAGGGGGAUUCCGGCUCUGGACAAACUCCGCACAGCUGGAGCCAAACCCAAACCAAGCAGAAAGAAAAGUAAAGCACCGCUCAGUCCGACUUGA